AUUUUCCAGGAAAAAAUUUCAGGGUAAGAGUCAAAAUGGCUGAUGAUGAUGCACAGGAACAGGCUGAUCGUGAGCGAAUUUUCAAGCGCUUCGACCUGAAUGGCGAUGGGCAAAUUUCAGCAGCAGAGUUGGGGGAUUGCUUGAAAGCACUGGGGUCAGUCUCCCCAGAUGAAGUUAAAUAUAUGAUGGAUGAAAUUGAUACUGAUGGUGAUGGAUUUAUUUCCUACCAGGAAUACUUAGAUUUUGCUCUUGCCAACCGUGGCCUUAUAAAGGAUGUUGCCAAAAUAUUCUAAAUUUCUCUCUAUUCAUGCAUUCCACUGAAUAUUAAGCUGUCUGUGUGUCCAAUAGAAAACUUACUAUAAGUCCCAAUUGUUAAUCUUUCUGGUAUUGAAAUAUGUGGAUAAAAUUCUUUUAUGUAGUA